UCUACAAUGAGACUUUCCAUCCUGACCUUCAUUUGCUUACAAGGGACUUGUUGGACAUCAGAAUAUUCUUGUGUUAACCAACCAAGAACUGUCCAUGUGAAGGAAGGAGAUUCAGUCACCAUCCCAUGUUCAUAUACCUAUCCUGAGAGCUACAGAGGGAAGUCACAGAUUACUACACAUUGGGGAGAGAGUGAUGGACCAUUCUGCUAUAAUAUCAGAAAAUACAUCACAGAUAAUUCUGGGAAUGUUGUAGAUGAGUAUAAAGAGCGGAUCUCUAGAGUAACCCAUCCUGAUAACCAGACAGAGUCUCUCAUAAUCCGAGGACUGAAAUAUACAGAUGGAGACACUUUCUGCUGUAGAGCGACUAUACAUAGAACUGGAUCUGUAACAUACACCUGGUCUAACUAUGGGACGUUUCUUAAUUUUGCAGAUGGAAAUAGAAUAUCUCAGGUAGAUUUGUUGAUGGCUGUUCCAGGAGAAGAAAUGGUCAUCCCCUGUCACUAUGCACUGAACACCAUUGGUGAAGCGGAACAAGUCACAUGGUAUAGUGGAGAUAAUACACGAUGUAUGGGAAAUAAGAAUAAGAUUUACAGCUGGGACCCCACACACCCAGGAGGUGUAUAUCCCUAUUCACUUGUGAAACCCCCUGAAGAUGUCUCUCUGCGUAUACACAGUGUUCAGAGAAAGGAAUCCUUCCAAUAUUGUUGCCAUGUGACCACCAGUAAGGGACCAAUACAAAGCAGAUUUGGCACAGAACUGAUCAUCACAGGUCCUCCAUUCUCCUCCUCACCCUUCAAUGUUACCCAGCCACAUACCAUCACAGGACAUAGAGGAGAGUCUGUGGCACUAAACUGCUCCUACACAUCCUAUAUGGAGAGGGAUGUCCUGGGGGUCACUAUUUACUGGAGAUUGGGCAACCUAAGCGGACCUUAUGUCUACCACCCCUACAAAGAGAUGGUUCAUCCCGAUUAUAGAGGAAGAACGGGAAUACGAGGAGCAGCAGAUCUCCACAUACAGGGGGUGAAGAUGUCAGAUGACUCCAUGUAUUACUGCUUUGUGAUCAUCAGAUUGUGUAAUGGUAACUUUCCAAUUGACCAUCAAAAACUAAUCCAGUAUGGAGAAGGGACCCGGAUCAUUGUGACAGAUCUCGUCCAGACAGGAUCUCAUCUUCGUACUACAGUCAUUUUUGCCUCUUACGUUGGAUGUAAAUUCUUCAUCUCACUUGUACUUUUCUCUUUAGCUUUUCUCUGUUAUAGAGAUGUAUGAUACAAAACCUGAACAUACUGAACCCCAUAUAUGUCAGAUUAUGUGUUAUAUACAGUAAUAUCUAUUAGACAUGCUUCUUUCAUGGUAGCCGCAUGGUCAGACACGGCAUCACAUGAAACAUAUAAACCAAAUCGUACAGUACAAAAAAAAGUACUAAUACCCACUGGGAAAAUUCCAUACAAGAAGUAACGCUUCCCUAUAUAAUAUCAAACAAUGAUAACGUGUGAGUAUAGGUGAGGGAGUCC